AUGAGUAUGGAGAUUAAAACAUACUACUUAUACGAGCCGUCAACGGCCGCCGCAGGAGCCGUUGCUGGUCUCUUCGCGGUCGGCUGUCUUGCCACGAUCUUCCUAUCAAUCAGGCACAAAUCAUGGAUAUGGUUCGUUAUGGUGGCAGCCAUUGCCAUGGAGGCAAGUGGUUACGGAGCAAGAGUCAAGUCCGCCGGCGACCCUACCAACCAGAGCCUCUACGUCGCGCAAUUCUGUCUUGUCGUUUUGGCACCUGUUCUGAUGGCCGGUGUCAUCUAUGUCGUGUUCGGAAGAAUCGUAUUCCUCGUCGUCCCAUCGCAGCACCGAACCACAAAGUUCCUCUGGGUGCCCGCUCGAUGGAUCACUCCCAUCUUUGUCGGCUUCGACGUCGUUGCGCUCCUGCUCCAGCUCAUCGGUGCCGUCAUGAUCUCCGGAACGUCGCCAACUGACAAGAACGCCAAGGACAAGCUGCACAGGGGCAGAGACAUUGCCAUGGUCGGUGUCACUCUUCAGAUUAUCGCCUUCGGACUGUUCUCCAUCAUUGCCGCCCGAUUCCAUUUCACCUCGAGGCAGUUCAGGAAGAUCCUCGAGCAGAAGGUCCAGACUGCGGAGGGCAGCAAAUUCGUGACCAUGCCUGGUAGCACGAAGAAGUUCAACCCCAAUUGGCGGCGCAUGCUCUACGUUGUCAACAUCUCUUGCCUUUUGAUCAUGGUCCGAUCCGUCUACCGUGAGAUUGACUUUGCCGAGGGCAAGACGGGAACUACCCAGAAGCAUGAGUGGUACGUCUACGUCUUCGAUGCCGUCCCGAUCCUGUUCGUUGUCAUCAUCUAUCUCAUCUGCCCCCCUGGACGCUUCGUCCACAUGGGCUGGCGCCAGCCGAAGGAGGGACGAGAGCUGGCUUCCGCUGACAGCUCUUCCGAUGCAUACGCCAUGGGUACGCGCUCAAACGAGGUGUAG